AUGGCUUCACCUUCAGAGUUCCUGACCUUCUACCGCCGCACUGCCCGCCUUAGCACCUUGAGACAGUCUCGCCUUGUACCAGCAUCUCCUCGCCGCACCUUCGUUUCGUCGACAUGUCGUUACAGCAGCGGUGGUAAGCUCAGUACCGACGACAGCGUUGCAACCGAAGCAUAUCCCGACAGUGAGCACGCCACCAACAAGAAGGACAAACUGGACGUUCAAAGCGCCAAUGCCGCUGAGGGCCAGAAGGCCAAGAGCCACGACGAGGGCGGCACUGCUACCCAGCACAGGGACUCGAACAACAGCACCGCAAAGGCAAAGAAGGAGAACCCCGAGGCUCCAGACGUUGUCAUUGGAAUGCAGGACGAGAGAGGUGGAAAGGGUGCUUAA